CAACAAUCCUAAUCCAAAUGAAACGCAAAAAGCAACAAUUUUUCCUCAAAAAGUUUUCGGCAUUUAUAUUGACGUAAAAAUGGCUUUAUAGUUUGUGCGCAAGCAACAACAACAAGCACCUAGGUGCCCUAACACAACAACAAAAUGGAAACGUAUAAAAAGCAAGCCGCCACCAUGGCAUCCUCACAACAACAAGAAUCACAGAUACAACAACCAUACACAUUCUACGGACCGGAUUUCAUCUAUUCAAGAACAUUUUCUAUAUCGAGUUUGACAUCUGAUUUUGACACCGACUAUGAACACAUCAACAUUUCACCAGACAAUGGAGAGUUUGGAUCUACCGCUGGAGCUGUACUGGGACCUGAAAAUGGAGCCCCUGUCCCCAACAUCGGCUGCGGUAGCCUCCGAUCUGUUUGCGCUCACUGAGUCAACAGAUGGAGUGUGGCUCUAUGAUGAUAACUUUGCAAAUGGCAUUUCACUGAUGGGAGAGGACGAGGAGGCUCUGGCUCUGGAUGAAGAAACCACAUUAGAUCGAUUGGGCAACGAAGAGUUGACUGUGGAGUUUUUGGACCUGAAGGAUGAAGAAUGCCUCCUGGACCAAAAGGCCCAACUGAAUUGCAUUGACUACGAGACAAACAGCUAUACCCAAAAUGUAGUCGAUGCGGUUGGACAGCCGAUAAUACCCAUAACCAAAGCCCACUUUGCUGCUGCUAUAUCUCCACCUGUGGUUGCUGGUGAGGAGUACCAGCCCGUGGAUCCCUCUUCCAUCUUGCAGUUGACGCCACCACAGUCGCCGCCGCAGUUCGAUGGCUACAAACAACAACCGGAACUGUCGCCAGCACCGGCACCCGUCAAGGUCGAGCAGAAGCAAUGCUAUGCCACUGAUGCUAUUCCGGCCGCUGCGCCGACCACGCCGUUCGGCUUCAACUCUGGAAACUGGGUGGCGGGCAGCGAGAUUGCCCGGGGUAACCAGCUGAUCGAUGACCUUGUCAACAUGAGAGCCCGGGAGCUGGAGCCGUCACCCAACUGGCAACAGCUGCCAACCAACUGGCAGCAGCUGAACGAUGACUGCGAAUCCCAGGACUCGUCUUCGAUGGGCUGCAGCAGCAACAGUAGCAGAGUGAGCGGCAGCAUUGCCGACGUGGAUGAGGACUGGCUGCCAGAGCAGACAAGCAGCAGCCACUCUUCGCCUGCCCACACAUCCAUGGAGAAUGCUGGCUCGAUGGCUGCACCCAAGAAGCGCACUCGCACCUAUGGACGCGGCGUGGAGGAUCGCAGGAUCAGGAAGAAGGAGCAGAACAAGAAUGCGGCCACACGUUAUCGCCAAAAGAAGAAGAUCGAAAUGGAGAGCGUGCUGGGCGAGGAGCAGGAGCUGACCCAAGAGAACGAGGGUCUGCGUCGCACUCUGAGGGAGCGUCGUAGCGAGAUGCGCUACUUGCGUCAGUUGAUACGCGAAUUCUACCAGGAACGCAAGCGUUAGGCAUGGCAGCGUCUCUCUCUGUCUCUCACCUAAGUUUUUAAUGUCCUUUGCAAAGUUAUCGUUAUAUAAAGUUACAUUAACACCGAAGCAUCCCCCUUUCACAAAACAAAACCACAAAACAUACAAACAACUUUCUAUGUACAACCAGCAAAUCUUCCAAUGUCCAAGACCCAACCCCAAGAAUCGUAGUUAGAGUACCCAGCAGUCUGUCUUGACCCACACUUUUUGGCACUCAUGACGAGUCCUUGCACUCCGAUGCACUUCCUGCCAGUGUGGCCGUCAAUGACA